CAAUAAGAACCAGCCCACCAACGCCAAGUAUCCAUGCCCACUCAUCUUCUUCCUCCAGGCUCCCGCAGCCUUUCGCACCAGCGCAGCGCGCCUCCUCGCCGCCCCCGGCCACCCUGCGCCGCCGGCCGCCGCCCGCCGGCGCCAUACUAAGAGGGAAGAGUGGGUAACUGAGUUCCGACGGCCGGAGGCGGGGCCAGCGGUGGAUCCGAUUGGCCCCUUCUGGCCUCUGACUCGAUCCGGUUGAGAUAGUGGUGAGGCGAUGGAUGCGCUCGUGGCGAACUACGCGUCCGACUCCGACUCCGACGGCGAUGCUCCGGCGGCUACCGCGGGCGAAGCCGCCCCGGUGCCUCCGGAACCUUCCGCGUUGCUCCCUCCCCCGCCCCUCGACCUCCUCCAGCCCCCAAACUUCGUAGAUUGCUCGACAAUGGCGCAGGGGAGUCGCGUCCGGAGCUUCCCACAUGUGGAAGGCAACUAUGCGCUACAUGUUUACAUCCCUGUUGUCAUACCUUCUGAUGCAAAGAAACACCUGGUCCUUGUUAUGAGAAGAGCCGCGUCUUUUGUGCCGGAUCUCUAUGCCAUCGAUGCAGAUUAUGCACUUUCCGAGUUGUGCAAGGAUGAACAAAAGCUUGAGAAAGUGCUUCUGAGCAGGGAGUUUCAUGUAAGUUUAGGAAGAACUGUUGCAAUUCAGGUGCAUCAAAUUGAGUCCCUUGUCGCAAUGCUUCGGCAAAAGUUCCGCUCACAGCAACGGUAUUGGAUGGACUUCAACAAAUGGGAGCAUUUUGUCAAUGAUGAUUGUACACGGUCAUUUCUUUCGCUAGAAGUUACAAGUACUGGGUUGCCAGAGAUUAGUAAACAGAUAACGAUGGUAGAUGAUGUAUAUCGAUUACAUGGGCUUCCUGAAUUCUAUAAGAAUCCACGGCCACAUAUAUCACUGGCGUGGGCAUUGGGUGAUGUUAGCUGCAAACUGAAACAAGCAAUUAAGGAGAUCGAAAAAUCUCAGAGCAGUCUGGGCACAUCUCAAAUAUCUAAUCUGAGAUGCAAGUUUAGUCAUGUAGUGUGUAAAAUAGGCAAGAAGGUGUAUGAUAUCUGUAAACUUGCAGACUGAGAGAUAAAUUUCUUGUGCACUUGACCGUUGAGUUCUGGGGUUGCAACAGAGAUAUACAAAUGAGCAUGAAAACAGAGUGGAAGUAACUUGGAAAAACUACAAUAUUAUUCAUUUGGUUGAGAGUUAAAACUUCUUGCCA